AAGCUCUUCAAAACCUGUUCAAACCCCUCAAACUCGAUCACAAUUUAGGUUUAAUCCAAUAACCCCACUAAAAUUACUAAAAUAUCCAAACGUUACACUUGUGGUGAUAUAUAUAACAGUAAUAUAUACAAUAAUUCAUAUUCAAAACAUUAGCGUUCCUCGAAAUUUUUCCACAAAAUAUAAAUUAUCAGAAGCAAGUAUUGGAUUAUUAUUUCUUGCACCUUGUGCUGGAUUUAUAUUCGGAAGUUUUAUAGGAGGAAAAUAUUCAGAUUUUCUAUUAAAAAAAACAUUAAAUUCCGAUGGAACUCUUCCAGAAAUUAGAAUACUUAGUGUCUGGUUUGGCACAUUAUUAAUUCCAAUUACUUGCUUUAUUUAUGGAUGGCUAUUAGAGGAUAAUUUUCGUUACGAAGUAUUGUUAGUCGUAUGGUUCUUUUGCGCAUUUGGAAUAUUAAGCUCAUUUAAUUCUUUAGCAACAUACCUUGUUGAUGCAUGCCCUGGACGUGGUGCUUCAGUGACAGCAUUAAAUAAUUCUAUUAGAUAUAUAAUAGCUGGAAUUUUGACAAUUUUUGAAACUACAAUAGAAGAUAAUUUUGGUAUUCGUUGGUCAUUUGUUUUCAUAAGUGGUUUAAGUUUUAUUG